AUGAGUCAAGCCCGAGGCCGAGGCGGAACUCCAACCAGGCCCGAGUACGUCAAGGAGUCACAGAAUGGCGAGGCGCCGUCACCUAGGUUCGGACACACCACAACAUUUGUGGGAGACAACCGGGUUGUUCUCUUUGGUGGUGCCACAGGGGAUUCUGGCCGCUAUACCAUCACUGCGGAUGCUUUCAUGCUCAACGUGCACACCAACACUUGGUCGCGUGUUCAGGCAGGAGGAACCUUGCCCUUUGCUCGUGCGGCCCAUGCGGCUGCAUGUGUAGACCACUCACAGAUGGUGAUUUAUGGUGGGGCAACAGGGGGUGGCAGUCUGUCGUCUGACGAGCUAUACCUCUUAGACAUCCGCAACGAGGAAAGCUCUCAGUGGAUGUCUGUUCCCGUGAUGGGAACCACCCCGGGCCGAAGAUACGGCCACACCAUGAUUUUCAACAAGCCGCUGCUCAUCGUGUUCGGAGGGAACAAUGGCCAGCAGGCCGAGUGCGAUAUUUGGAUAUUGGACGUGGAGCGUUCGCCAUUUCAGUGGCAGGAGGUGACCGUCAUGGGAAAGCGUGGGCCCUUGCCACGCGUCUACCAUUCGGCAGAGGUGUGUCGUGAAGGGCCUGCUGCUGGCAUGAUGGUCGUUUUUGGUGGCCGGACUGCCGAGAACAAAUCCCUGAAGGACACCUGGGGUCUGCGGCAACACCGGGAUGGCCGUUGGGAUUGGGUAGAGGCUCCCGCAAAGCGCGGUGCUCCCCCCGAGCCUAGGUUUCAGCAUUCCUGCAUUUUCCUGGAUUCCAAGCUCUUGAUCGUCGGCGGGCGCGGGCCAGAGGUCAACAAGAUUUUGCCCACCGCAGUCUAUGACACAGAGACCUGCGAAUGGCACAACCUCUGUAGCCUCCAGAGAUUCCGGCACUCUUCUUGGGGUAUGGGAACCCUCCUCUUUUCCUACGGGGGCUUCGAUCACAAAAAUCCGUCUGCUCCGACAUCGGAUUUGCAGGUCAUGGACAUUGAAGUUGCCAUCACGGCAUCCCAAAGUGGUGUUGUUGCGAAGGGCGAGGAGGCAGAAACCGCGGACACUGGCUUGGAGGCAGCUCCCGCCGGCACGCUGGACCUCGUCCCUCCGACCUACCCAGGAACCUCCAAACCCCGGGAUCCCACGCGACCGGGUACCGCCGAUGGGACGCGCCCUGCGACGCCGCCGCGGAGCCGGGCAUUGGCGACGGCUCCAGCCAGCCGCGGCGUGGAUCUAGCCCCUGGCGACGUCAAAGUGUCACCGCAGGUGUACGUCAGCCACGAGAAAGAUUUCACACACUUGGUCGAAAAGGUUAAUAUUGAGUCCCUUGCAGAAGAGGGUCGCAAGAUCCACUCCUCCAACGUGAUGGCGAACAUCGCCAGGAAUGCUGGAGACGAGGGGAUCCACACCCACUGCAUCAACGCAUUGCUCCAGCCGACAACAUGGCAGCCGGAUGGAAACCCCAACAGCUUCCUCUUAAAUGCGGCGGAGGUCAGUCGGUUAUGUGACCAGACCCUCGAGGUGCUUAAAUCCCAAGAGAUGGUCCUGCGACUGCGCGCUCCCAUCAAGGUCUACGGUGACAUCCACGGGCAGUUCCUGGACCUGAUGCGGCUUUUCGCCAGGUAUAAAGCCCCAUGGGAUGGAGAAAAUGGUGACAUCGAGUCGAUGGAUUAUCUCUUCCUUGGCGAUUUCGUGGAUCGCGGUGCCUUCUCACUGGAGACCGUUUGCCUCCUCUUCUCUCUGAAGGUGAAGUAUCCCAACCAGAUACACUUGAUCCGGGGGAACCAUGAGGACCCGACCAUAAAUGCGAUCUACGGCUUCCGGGACGAGUGUCGGCGCCGCUUGAACGAGGAGCCCGAGGAUCCGGAGUCCUGUUGGAACAAGUUCAACCGGGCCUUCGAAUGGCUGCCGGUUGGAGCCGUGAUUGAAGAUCGGAUCCUGUGCCUGCAUGGAGGCAUCGGUGGUUCGGUGAACAACGUGGCAGAAGUUCGAACAAUGCAAAGGCCCCUGCACGUGGCCCAGAUACCUCAGACGCCCUUUGAGCAACGGAUUACGGACUUGCUGUGGAGUGAUCCAUCAGACAAUGACUCGGUUCCGGGAGUGUCUCUCAACGAGACUCGCGACCCCGAUGGAACUGGCCGCAUUGUGAAGUUCGGCCCUGACAGAGUUGAGGAGUUUCUGGAGAAGAACAAGCCUUUGUCGAUGAUCAUCCGAGCACACGAGUGCGUCAUGGAUGGCUUUGAGCGCUUCGCCAACGGAAAGCUGAUCACCGUGUUCAGUGCCACGGAUUACUGCGGGCACCACAAGAACGCGGGCGCGCUCCUUUUUGUACGGCGCGACCUGACCGUCGUGCCGAAGCUGAUCUACCCUGUCGAGCGCCAGCAGAUGAUGUGGGACCCCGCGGUCAUGCAGCAGAGACCUCCUACGCCCCCUCGACCAGUGCCAAGGGCAAGGAAACUUGGCGAGGAUGAGCCUGGCAUAGAUUGGUGA